UGCUGAUAAAUAAAUUGAUAAGAUAGGAUAGGAUAAAUUUCAAUGACGACUGUCGAUUAUUUAUUACAUUAUUUUUGUUUUAUUACAAAUUGGCGAAGAAAUUUAUAGUGCAUAAAAAGAAUCUACUCGCUGCUGUGAUCAAAUUGUUAUACGAAACUCCCAAUUUUUUCGAAAGUUGAUUAGGUAUUGAUUUCUUCAGAUCUCUGUCCGAUAUGUCAAGUGCCACAGGAGAACCGAAACCAGAAAAGAUACUGAAGAAAAGAACCGAGUUGCCGAUUUAUACCGAAAAAUCGUUGAAAUCUGUUCAGAAUAACGAUGAAGCUAGAAACGAAUUGAUAUUACAUGGUGUGCAGUUAUUCAGAUCAGAAGGUUGCAAAUUGGUGCGCUCAGUACAGUCAGUAUCCGAUAGAUGCUCUACUUUUUUCAGAACCGGCGUCGCUCAUGCCACAUCAAAUUACGUGACCACGGUGGAUUAUCUUCGUGAAGAUCGUAAUAUAUUGCAACGAAUUGGAGCAAUCAGUGGAGGAGUUUUAUUCGGCUACAUUCUCGGAAUAAGGAAAGGAUUCUUUAAGCGUUUAUUGUACACAACUUCGGGAGGCAUUUCUGCUGCAGCAAUUUGCUAUCCUAACGAAGCUGAAGAAUAUUUGAAACAUUCGUCGCAGUUGUCUAAAAAAUAUGCGAUUAUAAGUUAUCACUUUUUAAAUGGAGUUUCGAAAGACCUUACUGGUUACGAAUUACCUACAUUUCCUUUAAAACCCGCGAGUCAGGAACCACAGGAAUCUUCGAAGAAAGAUUGAGAUGAUUUUAAUUCGUUUUGUGAUGUGACUGCGUGAAUCGGCAAUCUUUGAGGAACCGUUCAGGAUUUUUCAUUAGGUAGUCGGAAAAAGAAGGUUUAUUUAGGAAUACAGUUGUAUGUACAUACUUUUGCAAGAGAAUUUGUUAGGUAUUAUUUGUUAAACUGUGUAUCACUACCAAUUAAACUAUCGUAUCAUUUA